AAAACCGGUAAAGAAACCAGAGAUAGAGGGAGAGAGGGAGAGAGAGAUAGAGAGAGAGAUUUAGAGAGGGAGAGAGAGAGACCGGGAGGGAGAGUGACAGGGAGAGAGAGAUAUAGAGAGGGACAGAAAGAUAGAGGGAGAGAGAUAUAGAGAGGGAGAGAGAGAGACAGCGAGAGAGAUAUAGACAGCGAGAGAGAGAGACAGGGAGAGAGAUUUAGAGAGGGAGAGAGAGAGACAGCGAGAGAGAGAGACAGGGAGAGAGAUUUAGAGAGGGAGAGAGAUAUAGAGGAAGAUACAUAUAGAGAGGGUGAGAGAGAUAGAGGGAGAGAGAUAUAGAGAGGGAGAGGCGGGACAGAAAGCGGGUGGAGAGAGGGAGAUAGAGAGAGCAGGUAAGAGACAGUGAGGGGGAGAGACAGAGAGGGAGAGAGACAGUGACGGAGAGAGAGAGUGGAGGAUAGAGAGAGUGGGAGAGAGAGAGGUCGAGAGACAGAGUCAGCGAAGGAGUCAGUGAGGAAGAGUGAGAGGAGAGAGAGUGAUAGAGAAGGAGUGAAGGAGACGAAGAGAGAGAGAAACGGUAAGAGACCGAGGAGAGAGUGAGGGAGAAAGAGGAGGGAGGGACAGUGACAGAGGGAAAGACAGACGGAGAGUGGGAAAGGAGAGGGAGGGAGGGAGAGACAGAGGGACGUAAGUGGGGAGAGAGAUAGAUUGUGAGGGAGAGAGGGAGAGUGACAGGCACAGAGAAAGAGGGUGAAAGAGAGAUCUGGAGGAGAGAGAGAGUGAGAGGGGGAAGUGAGAGCGGAGGUUGGCGGAGAGAAGAGGGCCAGAGGCGGAGGGAAAGGAGGGAGUGAGGGAGGGAGAACAAGAAAGCGGGGCUGUGCUGCUGUCGGAAAGGCGGAAGAUCGAGCGUAAAGGAGCCGGAGUUCCGCGGGUCCGGAUGAAGUUUCCGGAGCAGCCGCAGGUGCAGCCGGCUCCAGGGCUUGUUAAUGGCUUGCUGGGAAAUGGGACCUUAUCUUCAGAUUGAUCCUUUGUCCCCUUAUGGCAAAAAUAAAUCUUCAAGGAAACUUCCGCCCAUCAGUCAGGGUGGCCAUGACAUUUCAUUUACCACACCUCAAACUAAACUGGACUUACUGAAAUGUCAAAUCCAGCAGAAGCUGGAGCGAGAGAAACAGGUGAAACUGAUGGCCAUUUACAAACAGCAGUAUCAGGAAGCUCUGUAUCGCCUUCGAACGACCUACCUCCUGGAAGCUCACUCAGGAUCCUACAGAAACCCCAGCAUCUCUGAGCGUCCUUCAUCUGAUGUCUCACUUGUGCAAUCUCCAACCUCAGAGGAUCAGGAUUUUGGAUGGACACAGGUUACACUCGGCCCACAAGGCAAGAAAAGUGCUGGCAUUGACAGAGCUCACCCUCUCAGACCCAUCAAUCGGAGACACUCUGGUCUCAGUAACUUUGAAGGAGAAACUUGUGAUUGGAGGAAUCUGAUACCCAUAGACGCCCCCAUGUGGCCAGCUGUUACAUUCAGACCAUCGCCACCUAGAGGACCAAAAAGUAAAGGUCAAUCCAGCUGCUCACAGUUAAGGAGCAGGGAGCGGAGUGCAGAGCUGAGAACAUCCGAAGAUUCAACAUCUCCUGUUGAACCAUGUCAAUGGAACAGCCAAUGCAAUAAUUCAAACUUCAGCAAUGGGCUGGAAUCCAGGGAGCUCCAAAACAGUCAACAAAACGGCAGAAUCAACAUAGAAGUCGAGAUUUCUAAAAAAGAGAGUCUUAUUCAAGGAAGACUGAGGAAAAUAGAGGAAGAACUGAGACUAAUUCAGAUGCAAAGAGAGGAAACCGAUGAAGAGAUGGAAGAUCACAAUAUGGAGGAAUCAAUGAAAGCAGAAAGGGGGGCUGCGGAAAGAGAGAGGUCAGAGAGAGAGAUGGAGGGGUCUAUGAGAGAGAGAUCAGUGAGGGAAAGAGAGAACUCAGGGAGAGACAGGUCAGAGAGAGAGAUGGAGGGGUCCAUGAGAGAGAGGUCAGAGUGGGAAAGAGAGAACUCAGGGAGAGAGAGGUCAGUGAGAGAAAGAGAGAGAUCUGGGAGAGACAGGUCAGAGAGAGAGAUGGAGGGGUCCAUGAGAGAGAGGUCAGAGUGGAAAAGAGAGAACUCAGGGAGAGAGAGGUCAGUGAGAACACGAGAGGGGCCAGGGAGAGAAAGUGAGAGCUCAGGGAGAGAGUGGCUAGAGAGAAAUUGGGAGAGCUCAGGGAGAGAGAGGUCAGAGCGAGAGAGGGAAUGGUCAGAUAGGGAGAGGUCAGAGAGAGAGAGGUCUGAGAAAGAGAGGGCAAAAAGAGAAAGGACAGAUAGAGAGAAGGAAGAGAAAGAGAAAAUGUUGGAGAUAGAAAGAGAAGCAAAGCAGCGACAGAGAGAUAAACUUAAAAGAGAGAAUGCAAAAGAUGGUGAUCACAGAACAACAAAAAGCAGCAGUGAAAGUUUAUGCAGGAUGAAAAUUAGCAGCCAAUAUAAAGGGGAGCAUCUAACUGAAGUCAGUUUCGAUGUGGGUUCCUCAGAAGAAUACAGUGAUCAUUCAAAUCCAUUCGCAGAUUAUAAAGAGAUUGCAAGUGAAGAGAAGGAUGACACGAAGAAUGACACCAAUCACACAGCACAUUACAGUGACUCACUACAGAACGAGAGGUCAGAGUGGAAUGGACAUUAUUCACCAGAAGAGAAAGCUCACUGUCCAUCCUGUGGCCGAAGGUUUGUUCUGGAUCGCCUUGACACACAUACAGAAAUCUGUAAGAAAGUUUACAAACGCAAACGGAAAGUCUACGAUUCGGCACAAAAGAGAGCGAAAGGAACUGAUCUGGAGAAUUACCAAUGCUGCCACAAAGUCAUUCCAGCCCCGAGAGUGAACUGGAAAUUGCGGCAUGAUGCUUUUAUCCGCAUGCUACAUGCAGCACAACAAGCUGAGCUUGAAAUCUAUCGCGAAAAGAAGCAAACCAUGGGAGCUGCCUCCCCUUCUGCCAACUCUGACUACAUCCAGUGUCCACACUGCAGUCGUCGCUUUGAACCUAACGUGGCCCAGAAUCACAUCCCUAAGUGUAAGACGCUGAGGAGCCGACCAGCCCCACCCAAGAGGUAACUCAGCUGGUCGACUGCUGGAGGCUGCAACAUCUGAACAUUGCAGAAUGUAAGGGGCUGAACAUGCUUUGGACUGUGGGCACCAGGAUCAAGGGGAGAGGGUGGAGGGCAGAGUUUAUCAUAUUCUA